UUUUUUUUUUUUUGAAAAAAAUGCUUGUAAUCUAUAACGUUAUUUGGAUUAUUUGCUUUAUCUUACUGUUAACCUCUUUAUUUUUAUUAUAUAAAAAGCAGCGAGAAUCUAGAAGAGAUCCCUCUACUACUGUAAAUCAACAAACAAAUGAUAAUUAUGUCAUUGUAGAUAUCAGUGAAAAUCAAGCUAGACAACCCAACACAUAUUAUUACCCUUCUACUGAUUAUACAUUGCCACCAUUACAGCGUACACCGUCCUAUAGUACAGCGAUAAUAGGAUCAAAUACUGUAGAACAGCCUCCUCCAACUUAUCAGGAGCAUACAAAAGAUUAUCGUAUUCCACAGCCAAUAUAAAUACUAUUAUUACCUUAUAUAUCUUAUUAUCUUCCUCCCUCUUUCAUUCCCCCCUAUCUCUCUUAGUUAUAACACUAAUAUCAAAUUAUAUGUAAUAAUAAUAAUAAUAAUAAAUAUAUUAUAAAUCACAUUCACA